AAGUUGUAUUAUUAAAAACACAGACGCCACUUUCACCUGCGAGCGUCAAUCACGCUGGGGGGGGAUUUGCGUCGUUUUUUCCCCCUGACACGACACUUCUAUACGAUUGGUCCAGUCUCGGCUCAGGGGCGGGAGUUACGCAGCCUCUGCUGAAAUCCCAUUGGACGGAAGCCGCGCUGGUUGACGUGACGCAGCUUGGAAUUCCCAAAGUUCCCAAGUUCACAGGGGAGAGAGGAGCGUUGUUCAUACUUUGAAAAAAAUAACAAAACAAAACGUUUUGAAGGCAAAAACAGCGAGCGACUGACGUGUAAGCAAGCCGGAAUAUCAUAAAGCUGAAUCUGCACCGUGCCGUGCCGAGUUGAGCCUCAGGAGGGCGAUGUCUGACAACAGCAACAGCACAGGCAGCACCGGCUCCUCGACCAACAGCUGGACCCUCCUCUCCCCCGAGGAGGCUGCUGUUGAGAAUGUGGGGCCAGUAGAUGACGGCACCGAGAGCCUGGGUGACGUCCCGAGUCUCUCCGAGGAGGUGGCAGGUGCUGUGGAUUUCAAAAGUGAUAUUUCAGUAGAAACGGUCCUGUCUGAAGAAGGCCAUCAGGUGUGUCAAGAGACCUCUCCAGAGUCCAGUGAGGGUCCCAUCCCUUCUAGUCCAACCCGGUUGAGCCCUCUUCCACUCAACCCUCUUGACCCUCCAGACCUCGACAUGGAGAGUCAGCCUCCAGUCAUUCAUGACAUUGUAACCAGCUCUCCCAGUGACAAUGAGCACCUAGGAGCCACACCCUUUGUCACCAACAUUGCUAUGGGAGCUCCGCUCGAUAUACCUACUGCUGAACUCCUUCAAGCUGAGCCUGAGGAGUCUUGCUCUGAUCCUCUCCUGACUGAGAUCCCGGUUUCUACAGAACAAGUGUUCGAUACGCCUGCUGAUAUCGAGCCACUCCCUGCAGGCCCUGCUGUGGAGAGUCCUGUCUUCACUGCUGAACCUGAGGUCAGCAUCCCCGCAGAAACCCUCACAGCCACUCAUCCUCUUUCUCAUGUCGAGGCUGAUAUCAGCUUCACUCCAGAGGGUAAAGAGCCACUAGGCCAAGACACAGAGAGCCUGGUGACAGAAAGCCCCAUCGAUGAUACCCCUGCACCAGAGACUGUUGGUUCAGAAGAGGCUGAGGAGGAGGCAGCUGAGGAAAGGGAGGAGAGAGAAGAAGAAGGAGAAGAAGAAGAAGAAGAGCAAUCCGGUAGUUUCGAUUUGGGCGACACAAGGGGCUUUGAUGAUGGACUGAGGAGGAGGAAUGUGACCUUCGAGCCACUAAGACCAAGAACAUCAGAUGAGGAAGAUGAGGAGGAGGAAGUGGAGUUCAAGUUAGCUGAGAAGAAGGAGGAGAAGCCGUGGUUCUCCUUGAACAAAUGCAUUGUGGGUGCUCUGAUCCUGCUCUUCUUAGGUUCCCUAUUCCUCUCAGGUGUCCUCUCUGACCUGGAUAAUGGUGACUUUGACGCCUCUGAACUGACUGACGGAGAACAAAGCCAGGACUGGCUUAGCAGUGAUCCACAGGAUAUGAAAGAGCUAUUGGAUAAACUGACACAGGAAAACCAACAAAUCGCUCAGCUAGAGGCUCAACUACAGUCUCAGAAAGAAGAACUCGACACAGCUCUGAAGGCUGUAGCAGUGAGCGGUGACGAGCAGAGUAAAGCAGGUCUGGAAAAAGAAAACGCAAAGCUGAAGGAAGAGCUGUCAACUCUGCCUGAGCUGAAGAAAGAGCUGGAGAGUCUGAGGUCCAGGGUGACUGAGCUCAGCCAGCUCACAGCUGAUGAGAAAAUGGCCCCGGCUACCUCCAGCUCAGCCCCUCAACCUGCUGACAAAGAUGAGAGCACCCAGAAAGCAGCUGGACCUGAGAGGAGGAAUGAGGGAGGAAGGGUAAAGGAAGAACUCCAGAGGCAAAAAGUUCUUUUGGAAGAGAGCAGGAAGAGACUGGAAGGGAUGAAAAAAGACGGAGGCGACAGGAAACGAGUGAGGGACAGUUUGGAGGAGAUCCAGAGGAAGCUUUCUCAACAAGUCGAGAGGUGGGGUAAGAAAAAGCCACAGGAGCCCAAAUGGAAAGGGAACAAGGGCAAAACCAAUGAGCGGGACCAUUGGAAGAAAGAUGAAAAAGAGUGGAGAGGAGAGAAAGACUGGAAGCAUAGCAAAGAGGGAGGAAGAAAGGACAAAGAAGAGAAGGAGAAGGAGAAGGAGUGGAAGUCUCAGAAGCAAAACUCUCACAAGGAGGCAUGGAGGAAACAUCAGGAUGAGUGGGAGAGGAAGAAGGGCGAGCGCAAAACGGACCGAGACGAGAGGAGGAAGGAGAAACCAUGGCACAGCCAGCCUGGUAAAAACUCCCACAACCAUCACCAGCACCAGCAUCACCACCACCACCACCAACAGCCCCGUCAGCCUCAUCAACACAACCAGAACGACUUCUGGAGAGACCAGGAGCAGAAGCUCAGACGCAACGUCCGCCCCCAGCAGGGCUGCAGCUCCGUGGAGGACUGCGCCGGCAAGGAGGGGCUCUACCCGGUGGAGCUGCCCGAGUUUGAGGAACUGCUGGAGGGCUACCUGAGCAAGCUUGAAGGAUCUUCGUCCGAGAGCAAAGACAAGAUCAGAAAGCUGACUGCAGAGUUCUUCGAGGACGGCGUGUUUAUCCACGACAGGGUUCUUUUCAGUGACUUUGCCGAGGACGUGGCGGACAUUCUGGAGGACAUGGUGGACGUCUUAGACGACGGCGGGCAGAAGGACGACGACUCCCUGGAGGAGGAGAUGGAGGAGUUUGAACGAGAAGCCCUGUGGAAGUUUGCUGCCACGGCUUGAACAGACAAAAGGGGGGAAGGGGUGGGGAGUAAAAAUACAACACGAAGAUGCAGCACAAGCGGUGGUUUUAUAGGACAUUUCUUGCCUACAUUCUCCUCUUCAGAGCUGUAAUUGUAGUAGCUUCUGGUACAGAGUGGUUGUGCCUCUCAUAAACGUGUUCCGUUGAGUCUUUAAUUAUAAGCUAGACUUGUACUUGUCAUUUUGGACUUAGUUGUUGUUACCUACCUCUGUCAGGUCAUGCCUCCUAACGCAGAAUCCUUCAGUAACGUGUCGUGUAUAUGCUCUGCUGUAUAGUGUUUUCUCAAUACGUAGUGCAUGUUGCAGUUCAUAAUAUAAAUUCAAACUGAUUAUAUUCAGAUCACACACAAAGAAACUGGGCUUUAAGGACAUGGUAUUUGCAAAUAAAUCUGUUGAGCAGGCAUUACAGACGUUGGCCCGAAAUAUAUUACACUGAAUGUGAAACACUUUUCUUUGUGAACAAUCCUGACACUAUUACCAACAGGACAAAACAAACCCUGAGAAAUUUAUUGCAGAUACCAUUGUUGCCUUAAGUCAGUUGUAACUUUCCAAUCCCAGAGGAUGAGGUCCCGGUUUCUUCCAGUGAUAAGAAUCAGAUCAGGUCAGACCAGUUUUGGGACAGCAGCUCUUCAGUAGAUUUGUGCAAACACACACACAGUGCUGUUUGAGAGCCCUGAGCGUUUGGUUUCUAGAUUUGACUUCUCGCCCUCCGACUCCCAACUGUCAAGUUGACUGCAGAUGUGCGGAAACGAGCAGGAACCAGUUUGUGAAAUGUCAAAGCUGCUAAAAACAGAAGCAAUAGGACAAAGUGAUAGCCAUAGCUAAAUUAAUUCUACUAAACCACUUUAGCACUUUUCUCAAACAUUCACAUUUACGGCAGUUUAUUUUUUCUCACUUUUCACUUCCGUUGUGUUUUUUUUUUUUUUAAGUCUAUUAGUUUAAUAUUUUUUGUUAUGUAGCCACGGGGACCUCCAACACAUGAUUUACAUACACUGGGUAUCCCAGAGCAUUCAGAGUAAAACGAAAGUGAUCUGCAGUAAUCCCCAGAGAGUUUCAUUUGAUGGAUUUAUUCAUUCGCCAUAGAUGAGAUUGGAAGCCAAACUUUUCAAAUUUUUAAUUCUCAUUUUCUCAGCAGGUUGACGUUAACUGACGCACACACACACACACGUGAUGAAGUUAUUUAGUUGAAGAAAACGUCAAAAUGAUGAAUCUGCUGCAUUUUGUUUUUCAAGUUUUAAAGUCGAAUGAGUCAGACGAAAAGUAAAAAUAAGACAAAGUGAAGUAUUGCAGAGCUGUUUUCCAGUGUUGUGUACUUCUUGUUUUUGUUUUAGUGUUUGGUUCUAGUCAUAUUUGAUCUUGGAAGUUUUUCCCUUUUUUAGGUGGAUGUGAAGUUGAAGUCGACAGAUUGUGAUUUUUGUUCUGUUUUUUUCUUCUUCGGUGGUUGAAAGAAGCUUUGAAGUGUUUCAUGUUAAUUUAUUCUGUCGGUACACUGCGACUCCUUUUCUUACUUUUAACGAGAAGAAUCACAGACUUUGUCUGAGGCCAUACACAUUGAAUGUGUGAAAAUAGUGACAUUUUAUUUUGGUUUUCAUAAAUUUAGUUUGCCAGCUGCUUAUGUGCCUUUAUUAUUAUAUUAUAUUAGAUUUGGACAGUUUACACUACUUGCAAUUUUACUGCUGCUUCCAUAGCAGAGAAUGAAUGUCAUAGGGUUUACACGUGAAGUGCUGAACAGAUUUUUGUUAAAUGUUCUCUGCUGUUUAUACAAGGUUACUUCUUUUUUUUUAGACCAAAGGAAUCGGAGAAAAGCUUAAUUUCAACAGAUGAGUCCUUUAAUGAAACACAUUUCUGAAACUUUAAUCAAUAAUUGAAGUAUUUUUGUCUUUGUGGGACAGCAGGAGGGCUCAUUGAUGAUGUGGGAACUGGCUCAAAUGUGCAUGUAAAUGAUCCCUGGACAAAUGUAUUGAUAAUAAUUUGGAUCAUUUUGAAUUUUUUCCACCAUCAGUUAUGUCCUCUUUUAUGAUGUCAGUGUUAAGUUCAAUAAAAUUUCUACCAAUGAA